AGUACGACACUUAAUGAGCUGUUUGCACCAUCUAUCAGAGAAAUGAGAAAUCGUAAAAACGAAACUCAGGGUAAUUAUUAACCUACCUGGGAAAAUCGUACGUGGGUAGUAAAUUUACGUAGAUGAUCUAGCUUAUUGAAUUCGUAAGGAUCGUAUCCAUACGAAUACUUCUAGAAAUUAAGAUUUUUAUUUAAACCAAGAUCUGAUCUUUUACAAUAUAAGAAUGGCAGAAACUUCAAAUACAAUGGGUGAUAAUUUACCACAAGUGGAAAAAGGAUGGGCUGCUUUGCGACAACAUAUUAUUUUGAAUAAAGUUACAGUUGGAUUAUGGAUUACAAGACUUGUUACUAUUCUAUUAACUAUUGAUUAUAUCAUUCCUCUAUUUGGCAGUUUUUACAAUAAUUAUUAUAAAAUAUUAAUGAGUAAUGCUGCAACAAGUGCAUUGCGUCUUCACCAAAGGGUACCACGUCUAUUUCAAUUUAAUAGACAAUUUUUGGAACAUUUAUUUCUUGAAGAUUCUUGUCAUUAUUUAUUUUAUUCAUUAAUAUUUCUAUAUGUAGCUCCUGUUACAUUGGUAUUAACUCCUAUAUUUUUAUUUGCUCUAAUACAUUUUGCGAGCUAUUCUCUUACGUUGCUUGAUUGUUUAGGACAAAAUUACUGGUGGGGAGCACGUUUCUGUAUAUCUUUAAUUGAAUUUCGAUCAAGGAGUCUUCUUCGCCUUUGUGCAUUAUCGGAAAUAAUUAUUUUGCCAUUUACCGUCUUUCUUGUAUUCACGGGUCGUGCUGGUUUAUUAACACCAUUUAUUUACUUUCAAUUUUUAAAAUUACGUUUGGCAUCACAGAGAAAUCCAUUUACCCGCAAUGUCUUUUACGAACUUAGAAAUGGACUGAGUUCAGUUUCAAGUAAACCAACAGUGCCGAUUAUAGUGCGACAAAUAAUUAAAGGAUUACUAUCACUUACCCAGCAAAUGGCUCCAGUUCGUCAAUAAUUUUAUAUUUUUAAUAUAUGUGUUAAGUUUUCAAAUAAAUUUCCUAGGGUUCUAGGGUCCAUAUAA